AUGGAUGAUCUACCUCCCCACAAGGCGACCAAGCUCAAGUGCGGCCAUCGGAUGUGCAACUCAUGCCUCAAGCGAAGCUUCAAAUUGUCCAUCACAGACCCCCAGCACAUGCCGCCCAAAUGCUGCACCGCAGACCUUAUUCCCCUCAAACACGUUGACCGCCUUUUUGACAUCAACUUCAAAAAGACAUGGAACAAGAAAUUCGUCGAGUACUCGGCCCGCAACCGUAUCUACUGCCCCAAGCGCAGCUGCGGCGAGUUCAUCCGCCCAGAAGACCUCCGCCACACCAGCGACGGCAAGAAGUAUGGGAAAUGUUCAAAGUGUGGAACCAGAGCCUGUGUGCAGUGUAGCGGGAAAUGGCACCGCGAUCGGGACUGCCCCAAGGACGAGGAGACGACGAGGCUCUUGGCCCAGGCGAAAGAGGAAGGCUGGCAGCGGUGCAUCAAAUGUAAAGUCCUGGUCGAGCUCAAGGAGGGCUGCAAUCACAUUACUUGCCUCUGUGGGGCCGAGUUCUGCUAUAUAUGCGGUGCCAAGUGGAAGACGUGCACAUGC